AUGGAAUUUCCACCAAAAAUUGAGCAAGAGUAUCAGAAAGAGUUGAUUGAUAACGUUAGAGGGUUUUGUUUAGGUAAUGGACUAGUAUUGUUACCACCGGUUAUGGAGGGUGAGGAUAAAGUCAGGAGUAAUACUUGUAUACAAGCACCAGUCAGCUUAUUCCCAACGCCAUUCCCAAAGAAGCUAUUCAAUCAAGCAAACAGCGUUGGACUUACAUUCAAUGAACUAUACGCUAACAUUGCACGUGAUGUUGAAUUCAUUGAUGAAAUAUUAAGUGAGAUAUCUCCAUUUGAUAAGUUUCAAGCAUCUUUAUGGAACUUGUGGAAGGAAAUUAGAAGUGAGAUAUGCCAACCAAAUCAAUUACUACUGUCUAGAUCAGAUUAUCUGUGUAAUACGUCGACAGACAUUCAAGGGAACAUAAGGGGAAUCUCUCAAGUUGAAUUUAACACCAUAGCAUCUUCAUUUGGUGGUUUAUCAAACAAAGUAAAUCAAUUACAUCAAUUCCUUUACAAUGAUAUUAGAUACGCCAACUUACACCCUCUACUAAACAAUCAAUUAGCAGAGAAUAACACUCUUAAUGAGAUUGUUGACGGCUUUGAACACGCUCAUCAAGUUUACAAAUCUGGCUACUUACGCUCAAAACACUCUCCUUACAUUCUCUUCGUCGUUCAAGAAAACGAGAGGAAUGUCUUUGAUCAGCGUCUUUUAGAAUUCGAAUUGAGUCGACGCAACAUUCGCAUUAUCAGAAGAACAUUUGCUCAAUUAUCCCAACAAGCAAAAUUGAGUGAGGAUAAUGUACUCAAAGUCAAAGGCAUAGAGGUAUCCAUUGUGUAUUACAGAGCUGGAUACGCACCCGAAGAUUACAAAAGUGAGCGUGAUUGGCGAGUUAGACGGAUGAUUGAAGUCAGUCUGGCGAUCAAGUGUCCAACUCUCGCUCUACAGUUGGCUGGAUGUAAGAAAGUGCAGCAGGUAUUAGUAGAUGAGCAUGUCUUGCGCAAAAACCUCAACCCUGCCCAAAUUAGAAAAAUAAACAAGUGCUUUGUCGAUAUCCUUCCAUUCGAUCAGAGCGAAAAGGGUAAAAUUGCACACUCGAUUGUCGCUGACAGAGAAAGGUGCAAGAAAUAUGUCCUUAAGCCUCAAAGAGAAGGUGGUGGGAAUAACAUCUACAAGGAGGAUAUAGUGGAUUUCGUAAACAAUCUCAAGGACAACGAACUGUCUUCGUAUAUUCUAAUGGAACUAAUUGAGCCACCUGGAAACCUCCACAACUACUUAGUUAGAUAUACAGACGAUAAACUUGUCAAAGCGGAUGUGGUAUCAGAGUUGGGUAUCUAUGGUUCGGUGCUAUUCAACAAUCAUACCAUUAUAAGGAAUGAGCACGCUGGUCACCUCCUUCGAACCAAAUCUAGACAGAGUGAUGAAGGUGGUGUGGCUCUUGGUAUUUCUGUAAUCGAUGAGUGUCUACUAAUAUAA